AUGUCGACGUACAAUUACGCACCACCUCCCCCUCCGCCUCCCACCUCCGGCGGCGCCAGCUACGGGCAGUCGAGUUCGACCCCGUACGGCCAGAAUCGCGGUGGUGGAUCAGGCAGUCGUCGAGGCGGCCACUAUCAUGGAGGCCGUGGCGACUAUCACAACUCGCAGCCGCGAUACGAAUACACUGGGCAGCCAUACCCAGCCCAACACGCAGUGCCUUACGGCAGCUCUCACCCGCCGGCGAACAGCUAUCCGGCUGCUCAGCCGCAGUGGACUCCAGACCAUGGCCAUGCUGCCGCUCAUCACGCACAUCCGCAUGCUCCUGUACCGCUCUCCGCAACAAACUACCACCCAAACUAUGCUCCCCAGCCUUAUGCUCCCUCUCAAUACCCCCAGCAGGCCCCUUAUGCUGCCCCUCAGCCUUACCCCUAUCAAGCCCCCCCUCCUCCACCCAGCCAGCCGCAGUGGAGCGGACAACCAGCUCAUCAGACAUACGGGAAUAGCAGAGGUCGCGGGGGAGGCUACAGUGACCGUGGAGGUCACAAGCCGUCUCAGGGCGUGCCUCCUGUCCGCCACAGCCAUGAAUAUGAAGCGGCACCUCCUCCGAUAGUUGGCAGCUUCCCUCAGUCGUACCCCCCUGAUCAUCGAGUUGUGCAUUAUCCUCCACCCCAAUAUGCCUAUGCAGCGCCUCCGCCUCCUCCUGUUGCCGCUCGCCACCAAGAACCUUCACACGGCCAAUAUCCUCGCCGAGGGCGUGGCGGGCACAGAGAUGGCCAUGGCAAGGGGCGGGGUAGCCAUCACUCCCACCAUCAUGGAGCUAAUGAUAAGCCACGCCUACCAAAGCCGUCCAAUAACAAUGUGGAUAACUCUUCAAAGCCUGACAAGUCUGAGUCUCCCUCAGUUGGUAAAAAGAAGAAGAGAAAGACCAAUACGCUGGGCCUAACCCCGGGAGUUGACUCGGAAACAGAAGAUGAUGAGGGAGAGGAGAAGACCCUCACCGAGCUAAUUGGUCAAGAAACUCUCAAUAUUAGCGAUGUGACGGCUUUUAUCGCCGAACGAAAGAAAAAGUUCCCUACCAGAGCGCGCAUCGAAGCCAAAAAGGCCGCCGAGUUGGCGCGAAAAGAAGAGGACAAGGCUGCCUCUCUGGAGAAGGAAGCUGAUAGAUUGCGAAAGCAACUGCGAAGAGUCGAGUUUUCCAUCAAGAGAAAGCGAGAGCAAGGUGAUGAGGGUGAUGAAAUGCGGGAGCCCUCUGAUGACUCGUCUGACGAUGAGCCAGAACUCAUGUCUAGCCGCACUCAAACCGCACCACCUCUCUCUUCCUCAGCCAACAAGGCUGAUAUCACUAGGCAUUGCAAAUACUAUUCUACUGGUGGAACUUGCGGGAAGAAGGGCAAGUGCCGCUUCGUCCAUGAUCCCCAAGCUAGGGAAGCGGCGAUCAAAGAACGCGAGGCCAACAAUGGUCGUUUGACUAUCCAGCAGCGCUUAAUCUUGAACGACAAGGAGCAAGAAGACUUGGCUAUCCUUCAAUCCAUUCAAUAUCUUCGCGAGAAAGGCCUCAUGAACACUGCUGGAGCUUCGGCGGUUCCCGCCAGUAAAGAAGAAAAGCAUCCAGCGUCUACAUCCGCUUCCAAACCCACACCAGUGCCCAAAUCUACGCUCACGUCGACAUCUGCGCCUGCUUCUGUUUCUACGCUGCCACCUUCUACGUCCAGUCUCCCUGCUAUCCCACCACAGCCCGCUAAGCGCGAGCCACCUCGCAAAAGCAACCCGCCUCCCUCCAUCAUUCCCACCGCUAAUAGUAUCAGCGCUCAGGGAGUGAAGCACUAUCAGGGUUGGCUCCUGAAACCGUAUGGAAGCUCAAGUGGAAAGCAGUCACGGAGCGAUGAUUUACCUUGA